AUGGACGAAUUGCUAGCAGCUAUAGGCUACAAGAAGGUGCGAUCAAAGGACAACAUGGCUGACGUGGGCCAGAAGCUGGACCAGCAGCUCGAAACGGUGAUGAUGGAUAAUAAUGUCAAUGCACGCGAAGACGGUACCUCUUCCAACGUCGCUUCAGACGACGCCGUCGUUCACUACGAUGACCCCAACGAUGUCUUCCCCUGGGAAAAAACCAUGCUCACCCCCACGACCACCCACAACAAUAACCAAAACGACACCACAAUCACCAAUUCACUGCCGUUUACGCAAAUCCUGGAGGACCCUCUACAGUUCAACAUUCUCAACGGAAACUCAGCCAAGGACAACGAUCUUACAGCGGUUACCGAAACCGUAAAAUCGCAAGUGGAGCCACACUCAGACCUCACGCGUCUUUGUGUGGCGGUCGAAGACACUGGCGUGCGACUCGUCCACGCGCUGAUGGCGUGCGCGCAGGCGAUCCAGGAAGGGAAGCUUGACCUCGCUGACGUGCUCGUGAACCACGCGUCGGUCCUCGCGUCGCAGCAGGGCGAUGCGAUGAGGAAAGUCGCCGCCAACUUCUCUCACGCGUUGGCGCGUCGAAUCUACGGCGCGUUCCCGGAAGAGUCCAUGAGCCCCUCGCUCUCCGACAUGCUCCACGUCCACUUCUACGAGACUUGCCCGUACCUCAAAUUUGCUCACUUCACCGCCAACCAAGCGAUUCUAGAAGCUUUCUCCUCCGCAACCGCCGUCCACGUCAUCGAUUUCGGCCUGAAGCAGGGGCUUCAGUGGCCCGCGCUCAUGCAGGCCCUGGCACUCCGUCCCGGCGGACCACCAUCCUUCCGGUUAACCGGAAUCGGACCGACAUCGCCAGAGGACACCGACACUCUUCAACAAGUCGGUUGGAGGCUUUCGCAGCUUGCGAGAACGAUUCAGGUUCGGUUCGAGUUCCGGGGAUUCGGCUGUAACAGCCUCUCGGAUCUUGAUCCAACGGCUCUUGAUAUCAAACCAGGAGAAUCCGUCGCCGUUAACGCCGUCUUUGAGCUUCACCGUAUGCUCGCCAAGCCCGGUUCCCUUGAGAGGGUUUUGAACACAGUAAAAAAUAUCGAACCGGAGAUAGUGACGGUGGUGGAGCAGGAAGCGAACCAUAACAGUCCUGUGUUUUUUGAACGGUUCACGGAGGCGAUGCAUUAUUACUCGAGUUUGUUUGAUUCGAUGGAAGGAUCGGUAAAUGAGGAUGGGACUCUUUCGGAGGUUUACUUAGGGAGGCAGAUAUGCAACGUUGUGGCGUGCGAAGGAGAGGACCGUGUGGAGCGGCAUGAAACGCUGGCUCAGUGGAGAGUCAGGAUGGGUUCGGCUGGGUUCGAACCAGUUCGGCUCGGUUCGAACGCGUUCAGGCAGGCAAGGAUGCUGUUGGCUCUGUUCGCCGGAGGAGAAGGGUAUAGGGUGGAGGAGAACGACGGGUGUCUCUUGCUCGGUUGGCAAAUGAGGCCACUCAUUGCUACAUCCGCGUGGAGAGUCGCCAGCGGCGCUCGCCGCCAUUGAGUGAGCGAGCUAACGAGUUGACUGACUCGGUGGUUUCUCGGAAUCGGUGACUUAAAGUGUAACAUAAUCUUACUGUAGGUGAACGUUAGAAUGGGCUGAGU